AUGCUACACUUUGUCCGAAAGUACCUGGAUAAAUGGAUCCUUUAUGGAAAGCCUGGCUUUUCGUCCGGAAAAUUACUUCAGUUAGCGUCAGCCGGUGGGCAUCGAAAUAUUGUUGAUCAACUCCUUCAGUCGAAGGCUAGGAUGAGCGGCUCUGCUCGAGUCCGCCAGAUAUCGUCAUUCAGAGACGCGAUUGGACCGGCACUUCAAGAAGCAUUAGGAAAUGGACAUCUUGAAACCGUUAAGCUUCUCCUAGGCUUUGGGACUGAUGUAAGUUUUCCUCUAUGUGGCGUCGACUUUCGAUCCGCACUGCAGAGAGCAGCAGCCGAAGGACACGAAGAGAUAGUGCAGCUUCUUCUUAACAACGGCGCCACUCCCAACUCUUCGGACGAGACUCAUAUGCCAGCACUCUAUGCAGCAUCACUGUUGGGCAGUGAGGAGAUUGUUCAGCUUCUUCUGGACGCAGGGGCGGAUAUCCACGCUCGGUUUCAGGGGGGAAUGUUCGAAUCUGUAUUAGCUGCAGCGUGCAACAGCGGCAAAAUCGGAGUGGUGGAGAUGUUGAUGGCUCGGAGCGCGUCUUGCCUGACAGGAAGCGUCGUGGCUACAACAAUACGGGCUGACACGGAGGGGUCUGCGGAUGAUCAUUGGGAUCUUUGGGACCAAAUAGUUUCUCACUUCAUCAAGACUGGAGUUCGGAAGUCACUCUCACUUUUAAAGAAAGGAAAUUCCAAGAAACUGGAAACCUGGCUUCGAACAGAAACUUCGGACUUCGAACUAAAGGCCCUAGAUCCUCUCUCCGCAGCGUCAUUCGGAGGCCAUGUGGAUAUUGUUCGGAAAUUCCUCAAAAUUUUGAAUGAGAAAAGUGUCGAGAACCGAGUUCCAAGACUACGAACAGCACUUUCAGCGGCGGCAGCAGGCAGCCACCUUGAAGUUGUCAAGUUGAUUCUCGACUAUGAUCGUGCAAUACCCUUGCGAGAACUCGAUUUGAAGAGAGCAAGGUAUUUGGCAUCACUGAUGAAGAAACCUUAUCUUGUGGACUGCCCUCACAUGAUGGAAGACCAUGGCAUUGUAUAG